AAAGCAGCCACUGGGAACACGGACCGCGGAGGAGCAGCAGUUGCGAGAGAGGCUCGCGCGCGGUCACAACUGGGCGACGGCAGCGAUUGGGGCAUGCAAAUUAUGCCAAAUAGCACCAUCGACAGGAGCACGAGCACGAGAAGCAGCAGCAGCAACGCCACAGCCAAAGCCAUCGCCAGCGUCAACGCCGACAACCGAGCACAGAAUGCAGCAGAGCACCGGAGCGGCGACGUCAUCCGCAGCAGAUAGCGGGAUGGGGGCGACGGACCUGGUGUCCAGGUGCGGUGGCGACGGCGGGGGAGGUGGCGGGAACAGCUGCUCCGGCGGAUCCAGCGACCCAGCAGCGAUCAACACAACGAUUAGCUCCAAGCAGGCGGACGCGAGGGAGCCGCAGGAGGAGCAGGUGGCCAUCCACUACUUGGCUAGCUUCCAUGAGCUGUGCGUGGUGACCGCCUUGCUGCCGCUGGUGACGCUCUUCACGUGCUUCGUGACCGCCUACGUCUUCCAGUACGACGAUGUCCACGAGACACAUUGCCGCGUCUACAACAUUAUACCCUCGAUAAGUGCAAUUACCGGCGUCAGUCCGCAGCGCUACUUCUGGCGCUUCAGCAUCGCGCUCCACAUCGGACCGCGAAUCCCCAUCGCCUUCGUCUACAAGAACUACUACCGCUCGCAGCUGCGUCGGAUCAGUCCCGCCCAGGUGCCUCAGACGAGCCUGCUCAUCACGCUGAUCCUGGUGCUCAACUGCAUCGAGAUCGCGUCCCUGGGCGGCGUCACCUAUAUAUCGAAUCGCGAGAACUACCCCGUUCACGAGCGCAUAUUCAUCACGUUCAUGGUCUGCUCGCUGUGCUACAUGCUGGCCACCAUCAAGCUGAACAGCAUCCUCAAUGCCGGACAGGCGCUGAGCGAAAAGCAGCUCCUCUCCAUCAAGUGGAAGAAGAUCCUCUUCGCCGUCUCCAUCCUGAGCACCGUCGGCCUGCUGGUGUUCUUUGCCAAACAUCGCUUCUACUGUCACGACUUGGCAUUCAGUUGGUUCGCGUUCUUCGAGUACUUGAUCGCCAUCGCCAACAUGCUGUUCCACUUCACCAUCAUCUGGGACUUCCCCUCGCAGUUCAUGAUGAUCGUGCAGGGACCCCGCGAGAAUCUCGCCCAGUAUUUGAGCAACCGGCCGAAGCUGGACUAGAUUCGACACGGACUAGAUGCCCCCAGCGCGCCACAUCUCCUCCAGUGAACAGUGCGUGCGAUUCCCGUGCGAAACGUACAAUUAACGAACUUCUUCAACUUUAAAACUAAGCGCUUCCAUGCCGAUCAACCAUAGCAAACUUAGCCUUCUUCUAUUUCUUCGAUUCUCUUUACACUUACACUUAUCAAUCUAAGCCGAAAGCGAAACCAAACCAAAAUCCAGAGAUAAGGAACGCAAUACGAUACGAAACCAAAAUGUUCCAUAGUUCCAUGAUUAAUAUAGCUAUUGAAUUUAACAACAAGUAUGUAAAGAAUUUUGCCAGAUUAGAGGGCAUACCGUUCUAUGUACACAUUCUAAAUACGUGAAAUAAGUUACCUAGGGAUUAAGUGCACCCAAAACAAAAGCAAAACCGAAACCGAAACCGAAACCAAAACCAAACCAAAUGGAUCACAGCUCGCCAGAUCUCAUGUCAAUUUCGAAUCGAAUGCUAGGAGACAGCCAGGCGCGAGCAGUUUCAUUUGUUAGGCAGUAAAGUAAAGUAAAAUAAAUAGAAGUCGCAUUACUUACCACUUAGUACAUAUCGUUUAUACAAGAUGAUAACGAGCAGCGGGAAAUAGCCUCCUUGGGACAGGCCCUAUUGGCCCCCAUCCACAAAAAAAAAAAAA